UACACUGCAUCUCAUCUUAUUCCUCUUUCAAAGUAACUGAGUUUACUUCCACGAUGGGUGACGAGAACAAGUCUUGUCCAUUAGUGGAGGACAUUAACUCAUCCUACAAUCCGCCAGUGCUCAUUUUAACAUUUAUCUUUGGAUUCAUUGGAAAUGCAAUUGCUCUGUGGGUCUUCUCUUUGCAUGUGAAAACUUGGAGAUCAAGCACAGUGUACGGGUUGAACCUGGCCAUCGCGGACACUCUGCUAAUCUGCGCCCUACCAUUUCGAGUUGACUAUUACAUCCGUGGGAAAGACUGGAUUUUCGGCGAUGUUGCCUGUCGCCUGAAGAUAUUCACGAUAUUUAUGAACCGGGCAGUGAGCGUUGCUUUCCUGGCGGUUAUGGCGCUUGAACGCUACUUCAAGGUGAUCCACCCUCACCAUAAAGUGAGCAAAAUGACCACAAGCGGUGCGGUGAAGGUAUCCUGCAUUCUUUGGCUUGUAACGCUGGCGAUGUGUUUGCACGUUUUGACUGAACCUCGCACGUUCCCGCACAUGAAUGUGACAAAUUGUGAGCCGUUCAAACCAUUCAAGCCCUUAAGUUCCACAGCGAUUUUGACUAACAUGGUUUUUAUUAAUUGCAAUUUCAUUUUACCGGCUUCGAUCAUCCUGUUUUCCACUUGCUGUAUCGCCUGGAAGCUAAAGCAGAUGAAAUCUGAACUGAGGGCCAAAUAUAAACGAGCAACGAGGCUUGUGGUGGUCGUGGCGACGGUUUUCAUCAUCUGUUUCUUACCCAGCAACGUUGCUGUAAUUGCUGUUUUAAUCUCAAACCGCGUAAGUAAUUGCAAGACGUUCGACGUUACCGUGCAGAUCUUCGACAACACUCUGUGCAUCACUUACUUGAACAGUGUGCUCGAUCCGUUUGUUUACUACUUCUCCAGUUCCACGUUCAAGGAAACUCUGAAGAAAGCUCUCAUUUCUCACAACAUCAGACUUUUCAGAUCAACAAUUCGCUCAGCUCCACCAAAACCAGAAACACAAGUUGAACCUCAACGAUCAUCUGUUCUCAACACCUGGGACCAUUUACGAACUGAGUCGAAUGACAAUCUGUGAACCAGCUCCCAAUGUUGCUGCUUACUCUCUUCCAACUUGCUCUGGGGAGAAGGGUCUGGCGGGGCGCUCUCCCUAAUAUUUUUAAAUCAUUUGAUCUUAAGAAAGUCAUCGCCCUGCAGUUUCUAAGUUAAGUUACUCGCCCGACCACAUUUCUAAUGCAAAAGGCAACCAUAGUACUAAAAAGGGUCUGAAGAAAGGGUUUCGGCCCGAAACGUCGCCCAUUUCCUUCGCUCCAUAGAUGCUGCUGCACCCGCUGAGUUUCUCCAGCAAUUUUGUGUACCAUAGUACUAAAAAUAUUGAAAGAUGCAACCGCGAUGGCCAGUAAGGAGACACAAUGAACUGCAGACGUUGGAGUCUCGAUUAGAACACAAAGUGCUGGAGGAACUUAGCGGGUCAGGCAGUAUAUGUGGAGCGAAUGGACAGACGACGUUUUGGGGAUUGGAACCCUUCUUCAGACUUCACGUCAUGCCCAAUGUCUAGGAAGUCACCGCCAAAGCCUCAUUGUUUGCCUUGGACUUUACUUCACAAGUGUGGGGAAGAGAAUGAGAUAAGCUUAAAGUAUGGGUUGGCGGUGAGCGGGGAGAGCUGGAGGGGAGGAAAGACCACAACUCGCCUUCUCUCUCCAGCUCUCCCCCUCCCUCCAUCUACCCCUACUUUCACUCUGAAGAAGGGUCCUGAACCAAAACGUAACUCAUUUUCUCCAAAUAUGCCGCCUGACCCACUGAGUUAUUCCAGCACUUUGUGUCCAUCUUUGGUCUAAUCCAGCAUCUGCAGUUCUUUGUUUCUUCAUCAUGACGCUUUGGGAUAAAUCUUGUUAACAAUACAAUAAUAUUUUGUAUGUGGCAACUGGUCAUCUUGUGGUACCAGAGAACAAAAGAGGUGGGGGCUGGCGAUCAGGCUGAUCAAUGAUGUCUCACUGGGAGACAGUACAACCUGCUGAGGUCAGCACACAUUUAUUGAAAGAUGUAGCAUGGAACCAAGUGCUUUGUCCCACCGAGCACGCAGACCACCGAUCACCCACGCGCACUAGUUCCAUGUAAACCCAUUGACCUCAGUUGCUGUCUGUAUGGAGUUUGCAUGUUCUCCCUGUGACCAUGUGAAUGUUUUCUGGGUGCUCCGGUUUCCUCCCACAUCGCAAAGGCAUGCAGGUCUGUAGGUUAAUUGACCUCUGUAAAUUGCCCCAAGUGUGUUGGGAGUGGAUGACAAAGCGAGAUAACAUAGAACUAGCGUGAACGGGUGGUCGGCGUUAACUCGGUGGGCCGAUCAUCCUGCUUCCAUGCUGUAUCUCUAAACUAAACAAAGGGCGUUGGCGAUAUCUAUACAGGGCUGAGAAUUAUUUAUUUAUGGAUGUUAUGGAAGGCAUUGGUGGAACAGAAUUAUGGAGUUGGGUAUUAAGUCUUAUCAAAAGAAGGAUCCCGAUUCAAUAGUUGAGUGGCUUUUAUUGUCACAUGUGCAAAGUGCAAACGCACAGUGAAAUUAUUUUCUUACAGCCCAGUGCAGUAUUGACAUACCCAAGCACAUCCCCAAUUAGCAAUUGUACAGAAAUAUUCUGCUCAGCCCGCGUGAGGCACCAUGUUUUGGUGUUAUUUUUCAAGCCCAGUCCACUUUCCAGUCUGAAGAAGGGUCUUGACCCGAAACGCCACCUUUUCCUUUUCCCCAGAGAUGCUGUCUGACCUGCUGAGUUACUCCAGCUGAGUUACUCCAGCUUUAUGUGUCUGUCCACAUUCCAGUUGUUAUGGGCGGUGCCCGAUUCUGGCAAACCCCAGGCUGCUGCAGGGCAUCCAGCCGUCACUAUCACCUGGUCAACCAGCAACCAACGUACUCUCCUCAUUGGUCCACCUUUGUUCCCUGAUUGUUGUAACUCAUGAUUUUCCAUGCCUGAAUUAUCAGGAACUGUUUCUGUCAGAGAAAUAAAAUGGGCAUUACCCACUUCUCACAUCGAAGAAAUAUAUUGGCUUUAAAAAAUAAUAUCAAUUAAAAAAAGUCCCAGGUGAAUUUUGGGCUGAGCCUCUUUCAAAUAUCAAGUGGUGUGAGAUUUUGUUUAGUGAAUAUGAAGAACAAAAGCUUCUAAAUCCACCAAUCCAUAAACUCAGAACUGAAAGAUGUUUUGAGGAAGGACAUCCUUGCUAUUGAGGCAGUGCAGCGUAGAUUCACAAGGUUAUUCCCCGGGAUGGUGGGACUGUCAUACGAGGAAAGAUUGGAAAGACUGGGGUUGUAUUCUGAAUUUGGAAGGAUGAGAGGGAUUAUUAUAGAAACUUAUUAAAUUAAAGCUGGAUGCAGAGAAAAAUGUUCCCAAUGUUGGGGGAGUCCUGAACCAGGGGCCACAGACUAAGAAUAAAGGGGAGGCCAUUUAAAACUGAGAUGAGAAAAAACUUUUUCACCCACAGAGUUAUGAAUUUGUGGAAUUGUCUGCACAGAUGGCAGUAGAGACUCUAACAGAGAGUUAGAUAGAGCUCUAACGGUUAGCAGAAUCAAGGUAUAUGGCGAGAGGGCAGGCAUGGGUUACUGAUUGUGGAUGAUCAGCCAUGAUCACAAUGAAUGGCGUUGCUGGCUCGAAGGGCCAAAUGGCCUCCUCCUGCACCUAUUUUCUAUGUUUCUGUGUAAAACUUGCAUUUCCCUGUUUACAGGGUUGGUUUCUAGAUAGCCCAGGAACCAAAGCAGAGAGUGAAAGAGGAAAUUCCGAGAGUUUUCCAAUCUAUUACUUAAACCACUACUGUGGUUAACAUGUGUGCCAAAUUUUGUGUGACAUAUCUAGAAAUGGGCUUUGUAGACACAAGGAAUUGUAGAUACUGGAAUCUUGCAUUGAGCACAAAGUGCUGGAGUAACUGUGGGCAGCACAGUGGUGCAGCGGUAGAGUUGCUGCCUUACAAUGCCAGUGUUUUGGGUACGAUCCUGACUAUGGGUGUCGUCUGUUCCGAAUUUGUACGAUUUCCCCAUGACAGCAUGGGUUUCCUCCAGUUUCCAGUGCAAAUUGGAGUCGGGAAAGAGCAGGGAGAGAAAGAAGAAAAAGGAUGGGGUGGGAUGCUACCUAAAAUUGGAAAUCCUAUCCAAUUCAAUGGGCUUUUUCGCCUUGUUUUUCUCAACCAUGAUACUGUACGUAGGUUCCACACAAUAUGCCAAAUGCAAAUUGGAGGGUCAGCACCUCAUAGUUUGAUUUGGCAGCUUACAACCCAGCGGUAUGAAUGUUGAUUUCUCUAAUCGUAACUCCUGCAUUUCCUUCCCACCCCCACCUCUCCUCUCCCCGCUCCCUCAAUCCUACUAGUUCCACGUUUCACAUCCUUGCAUCCCUGUUGUUAGCACAUCAUCCCCACCCAACAGUGGGCCAUUUAGGACUCCACAGUUCCUGAAGUCAUCUGUAGCCAACCCUGUAGAAUCUCUGUGGAAAAAUUAACUCGCUUUAAGUGUGAAAUUGUUUAGCUUAACAUUAACAUAUCUGAUUCAAGCUGAAUUGAGCUGAUAAUUCAUGUUACUUAAACUUUUAUUUUGAAAUGAUCAGAAGCUGUCUGGAUACAUUUUUUUUGUGAAUGUAAAAUAACAAAAUAAAGUUUGAAUAUGAUUGUACCUUCUAUGGUUUGUGGUUCCCGCACAAGUAAAAAACCCUUGUUUUUUGUCCACCAUUUGCAACAUUAUAGACCAGCACAUUUAUCAUAGAUCAGCAUCUGAGAUCUGCAAUGUCUUUGAAUAGAUACGGAAGUCACAAGGGCCUGUGGUCACAAUGUUCUUAGGAUGGAUAAGGAAAUGGCUAGAGCAUCAACAACAGUGCAUGCAGUCUCCUCAUACAGCUUCCAAUGGCUACUGCACGUUUCCUAAUUUCCCACAUGGUGCAUUAUUUCAAUGGCCCCAGGGUCAGUUUUAAGAAAUCCUACCCAAUUUCAUAGCUCAGAUGAGCCCAAAGACGGAUGGGUUUGUAGGUUAAUUGGCCUCUGUCAUUUAUCCAUAGCAUGUAGGGAGUGGAGUUGAAUGCUCUAUAUGUUGUACAAAAACCCACAAUUAGUCUGGUGGAUCUUCAUUGCUCCCCCUCUAUAGCAAGUGCAGUGUUUCUGCAGGGUGACCAAAACUGAACACAAUAUUCUAAAUGUGGGCUCACCAUUCACUGUAUAGAUGAGUUGGGCCAAAGGGCCUGUUUCCAUGCUAUAUCACUUUAUGGCUCCAUAACUUUCUCAUUAUAGACUGGGGCUGUCAUGGUGCUGAGGACUUUGUCCGGGUAGAAUUUGUCACCCAGAGAGUUGUGGAUCUGUGGAAUUCUCUUCCACAGAUGA